GCCUGACACGGCAUCGAGAAAGAAGGCCGUCGGCGGUGUGGACACUGCAGCACAUACAUGCGAGCCCACGGCCGCUCCAUCUCUUCGUGUUCCUUCCACGCCGCCAUCGGACCACCGCAGCCACGCAACGCAUCAAGUGUUAGGACGAGGAGCCGCCUUGAAGAUUCAGCCUUCUCUAACCACCCGUUGACUGCGAAAGAUUGGAAAAUCCAACGGCUGUCUCUCUAACUUGCAAGAGUUUGCUGCUACCUGGAACACGACUAAAGGUGCAGUGGCGGUCAGACUGCUGUCCAGUCAGAACAAACCCGUCGCCAUGGAUAUGGAUGAGGAAGAGAACAUGAGUUCGAGCAGCACUGACGUUAAGGAAAACCGAAACCUGGACAACGUGUCCGGCAAAGAAGGGGUGGGUGUGGCUGAACAGCUGCCCAAUGGAAGCGGCCCGGGCAGUCGAAAACGCCCCCUGGAAGAAGGAAACAAUGGUCACGCACACUCCAAGUUUCGUGCCAAGAAGCGCAAGAAAACACCAGGACCGAUCCUACCCAAGAAUGCGCUGAUGCAGCUCAAUGAAAUCAAACCGGGUCUUCAGUACAAGCUUCUGUCCCAGACAGGACCGGUCCAUGCACCAGUCUUUGUCAUGACUGUAGAAGUCAAUGGACAGUUGUUUGAGGGCAUGGGUCCUACGAAGAAGAAAGCUAAACUGAACGCAGCAGAGAAAGCUCUGCGUUCCUUUGUCCAAUUCCCCAAUGCUUCGGAGGCCCACUUGGCCAUGGGACGAACAUUGACCGUAAACACGGACUUUACUUCAGACCAAGCAGAUUUCCCAGACAUGCUGUUCAAUGGCUUCGAGACACCAGCCGUGCCCGAAGAGUCCUUCUAUGUCGGUUCCAAUGGUAGCAGCUCAUUAAACUCAUUAGGGGAGUAUCCACUGCCCACACCGCCUGGCAGCAACCUUGUCCAGGCGCCACUGCCACCUCCAUCGGCAUUCAGCUCCCCCUCCAGUGGCAAAAACCCUGUCAUGAUUCUCAAUGAACUCAGGCCAGGCCUCAAAUACGACUUUGUGUCAGAAAGUGGGGAGAGUCAUGCCAAAAAUUUUGUGAUGUCAGUGACAGUGGAUGCACAAACAUUUGAAGGCUCAGGGCGUAACAAGAAGUUAGCUAAAGCCCGGGCAGCGCAGGCCGCACUCUCAGCUCUCUUCAACAUGCAACUAGACCAGACACCAUCCAGGCAGCCCAUACCCAGUGAGGGGCUACAGCUUCAUCUCCCCCAGGUUCUCGCCGACGCCGUCUCCCGACUGGUGGUGGAUAAGUUCAGUGAGCUGACUGAAAACUUCACCUCUCCUCAUGCUCGGCGGAAAGUGCUGGCAGGCGUUGUCAUGACAACAGGAACAGAUGUAAAAGAAGCACAGGUAAUUUGUGUUUCUACAGGAACUAAAUGCAUCAACGGUGAGUACAUGAGUGACCGUGGUCUGGCACUCAAUGACUGCCACGCUGAGAUAAUCGCCCGACGCUCGCUCAUGAGAUACCUGUACACCCAGCUGGAGUUCUUCCUCAGCAACAGCAAAGAAGAGAAUCAGAAAUCCAUAUUCAUACACUGUGACAAGGGAGGCUACAAGCUAAAGGACAACAUUCAGUUCCAUCUCUACAUCAGCACCUCGCCCUGCGGAGACGCCAGAAUCUUCUCCCCGCAUGAGGCCGGCGUGGAAGACCAAGGAGACAGACACCCCAAUCGGAAAGCAAGGGGUCAGCUCCGGACCAAGAUCGAGUCUGGAGAGGGCACCAUACCUGUGAGGACCAGCAAUACCAUCCAAACAUGGGACGGGGUGCUUCAAGGAGAGAGGUUACUCACUAUGUCCUGCAGUGACAAGAUUGCAAGGUGGAACGUGGUGGGCAUCCAGGGCUCCCUGAUGAGCUACUUCACCGAGCCCAUCUACUUCUCCAGCAUCAUCCUGGGAAGUCUUUACCACGCCGACCACCUGUCGCGGGCCAUGUACCAGCGCAUCGCAGACAUCGAGGACCUGCCCCAGCAGUUCACGCUCAACAGACCUCUUCUCAGCGGGAUAAGCAAUGCAGAGGCCAGACAGCCUGGGAAAGCCCCCAACUUCAGUGUCAACUGGACGGUGGGGGAUCAGGGCCUGGAGGUGAUCAACGCCACCACCGGCAAGGACGACAUAGGCCGAGCCUCGCGCCUCUGCAAGCACGCCCUCUACAGCCGCUGGGUGCGCCUACACUCCAAGCUGUCCUCCGUGUUGCGGAUCAAGGCCCCCAAGCCCGCCUCCUACCACGACGGCAAGCAGGCGGCCGCCGAGUACCACUCCGCCAAGGUGGCGCUCAUCAAGGCCUUCCACAAGGCCGGCCUGGGCGCCUGGGUGAAAAAGCCCAUCGAGCAAGACCAGUUCACGCUCGGCUCCUGAGGGGCCCGUUUUUACCAAGGGAUUGUGACCCCCCCACCCCUCCUACCACCCUCUCCCUCAACUCCUCUAAGCCCCGCCUCCCCCGACCCAGGUUUGAAAGAAAAACCCGCCGGGGACUUGUCCGCGUUUGCACGCACCUUCAAUCAAUGUGCAUCCUUUUUUCUUAAAACAUCCGGAAAUGAACCUCGCCGUCGUGUUUUCACGUUGUGUUUUUUUUUUUUUUUACCGACACGCUGGGUGCAACUGGAGUGUGUAGAAGACUUUGUGCGUUUGUGCAUGUUUGUCCUCCGAAACCCCCGCCUGCAGAGAGAACCUUACCGUGUCCCUCAUCAUGACGACUCCGUUCUAAAACGUAGUGCCGGGGGAGGGGGGGAACAAGUUAGUAGUAGGAACUAGCGAUCUUAGUAACGUUUCUUAAAAACGGCAAAGGUAGGACUUUAUUUUUUUCUUAACUUUUGGGAACAAAAGAGAAUUUUCGUGUAGACUUCUGAGUUGUUGUGGUCGUGUGUGGAUGUACCUUUAAAAAGGGGGAGGGUCUUUAAGCUUUUAUUUUUUUUUCCCUGUCCGUGUUGGCAUGUGUGAGGCGCAGUGAGGGAUUCAUACGGCCCCACUCCUGGUGGAUCUGCUGGAAAUGAUGGAAAGUGCCACUCUACAUAGUCAAAAGUUGGAAUUGCAACAGAACGCGUUUUAGGGCGUUUGACGCUCUAUUGCAGGGGUGUCAAACUCACGGCCCGAGGGGCCAGAUCUGGCACGUUUUAUCCGGGAUGAGUUUGCUAAGUCUAAAAAUUAACUUGAAAUUUUUCAAUGAAAGAAACGGCUGUUCUAAAUGUGUCCACUAGAUGUCGCAAUAGCAAUUGUUUGUAUCAUUGUAGACGUAUGUAAAGAAAAUAAACCACGUUAGUACAUCAGUCCAGGAAAAUGAUCAAACUACAUAAGUAACAUCCUGUAAUUUGAUUUUGAUAUUAUUUUUUGGUAACACUUUAGUAUGGAGAACAUAUUUUAAACAACAAAGACUUAAUUUUGUUAUUUGGUUAGGGUUAGGGUUAGGGUUGGGGUUAGUAAUGGUGAAUAUGUUCCCCACACUAAAAAAGGCAGAAAUCAGUACUUAAUAAUGACUAAUUAAGUUAAUAAGCAACUAAUUAAUGGUGGAUAUGUUCCCCAUACUAAAUAAGGCAGUAAUAAGUACUUAAUAAUGACUAAGUUAAUAAGCAACAAAUUAAUGAUGAAUAUGUUCCCCAUACUAAAUAAGGCAGAAAUCAGUACUUAAUAAUGACUAAUUAAGUUAAUAAGCAACUAAUUAAUGGUGGAUAUGUUCCCCAUACUAAAGUGUUACCAAUUUUUUUUAUCUUGAUAGAUUGAAAAUGAACACCAAUGAGUUGACCGAUAAACAUAAUUUAUUCAGAUAAUAUAAAUAAGGACAAAUAAAGAUAGAAUACUAUUAACCCCAACAUGUAAGUGUAAAAAAAAAACAUCAUGAUUUUCAAACAAAGAUAACAAUCUGAAGUUGUCUUUAUUUUUGUCAGCGUUAUUUUGUGAUGAACCCCAAGAUGCAGAGAAGGAGGCAGGCAUUGAAUGAGAAAACAUGACUUGAUUUAACACUAAAACACUAAGCAAGAACAAACAAAAGGGGUACAACAAAAAGCGCGCGCGAGGCGGAUAAUAAACUAAAAGAGCUAGCAUGAGAGCUGAAAAACAAAAGGAGCUUGGCAUGGAAGCUAGCAAAAACAAAGGAGCUUAGCAUAGAAGUCGUAACGUGUAGUACAAAGACGAACUGAAAGCAGGGAACAAAAGACAGUAAGCUACAAACUGCUACCGAAAUAUAGCUUACCGCUACGCUGCAAUGACACGACAGGAGCGACACGACACGAUCCGACAAUACAACGACAAUAAUCCAGCACAGACUGGAUGGGAAGGCAGGUUAAAAUAGGAGUGGGCUGAUUGACACCAGGUGUGGCCCGGUGCCGAUCAGCCACAGCUGAGGGGAAACAGAGCUCAGGGAGAAACACACGAAACAGACAAAACAGGAAAUACUACACACAUAGAGGAAACAAAGACAAAUGCAGAGGAAAAAACUAAACACAACCAAACUGUCAGGGACGAACCUGACAAUUUUUAAGUUAUCGUGCCGUGAUUUUCACCUGUACGGCCAACUUGGGAGUACAUUUUUCUCCACGUGGCCCCCCCAUCUAAAAUGAGUUUGACACCCCUGCUCUACUGCCAUCUGCCGGCUAAAGUGGAGAGUGCAAACCCAAAUUUUGUCACGUUUCACGUGUCGGGUAAACCGCGAGGAAUGAGGCCAAAUGAAUCCCUUUUCUUCUGUAGGUGUGUUUGUGUGCGUGUGUGUUUGAGGGAAGAGAACGAACGCCAGCAUCUUCCUCAAAAGGCAGCUUUCAGUCCACUUUCUAGAUUCGUGCUCGUUUGUCGUUCCUGAGGGAGAAAAGAUGCUCACUUUGUUUUGGUUUUAUAGAAUGUGUGUAACACUACGGCGGAAAAACAACAAAAAAAAAAAGAUCGGUUGAAUAUUUUCGUAUGUAUGAAAGUACAUACUUGUAUUUAAAAAGUACUCACUAUGCAAACGUUGCCCGAUACGGCGUGUUGAUCAUAUUUACCACACGCGUCCAUUCUGAUGUCGAACGCUGACGUCGCGUAAGCAUGUUCGUAAAAAAAACAAAACAAACAAAAAAAAAAAACAGAUGCAGGCGGAUUUUGAUAUCGAGUCAAUUGACGAUACCGGUGAUAUCGACGCCUUGUGAAACACAAGGAGCGAUGGUGUUCAUCGGGUGUGUGUGUCACUUUAAGAAAAAAAAAAAAAAAAAAAACAUGUGACCGAUACAGCUGCUGUGUCAUGUGACUGUUUAUCAGGAAGCUUCUUCGUGCUAAAUGUCGUCGGUUUCCAUCGCCAUCAUCAAACUAAACGAAAGUUUUAAAAAAAAGGACAAUUUACGCAGUUUAGGAUCAUUUUGAUCUUAUAGCAUCUGUUAAACAUUUGGCUCUUUGACCAGAAUUGUCCGUUUCAUAUUCCUUUCUGCGCAGGUAUUCAUGAAACAAUUAUAUUUGCGAAGUAAUAAUUGUACUUGCGGGUCAAACGUAGUGACUUUUUUGAUCCACUAGAGGGCAGAUGACCAUUCUGUAACAUUAACAGUAUCAGUGCAGUGUCAAUACAGCCAGUGAGUGUGCCACACGCUCAUCACCCAUCAUUAGAUGAUAUCUUUUACUUCAGUAACUGUAUGUGUUUACCUUUUAUUAAUGAUCAUGAUUGUUAGCAGAUUAAUUAAUUUGAUUAAUUAAAAUACAGAUAUGUAAAAAAAAAAAUAAACAAGGGGACAACAAAUGUGAUAUACUUGAAAAAUAAUUCAUGCAAGAAUCAACAUGGAAAUAUUGAAUUGGGAUUGUGUGUGAAAGACCAACACAAAACAGUGAAGGACACUAAAAUAAAUCAUUUCACAUUUUGUGUUAAAGUUUGGUGCGUAAAAACAUUACGCCCCUCGAAGCAAUUCGUAGUGAAAUUUGUGAUAAUCAGAGGUGGGUAGAGUAGCCAGAAAUUGUACUCAAGUAAGAGUACUGUUACUUUAGAGAUGUAUUACUCAAGUAAAAGUAAGGAGUAGUCACCCAAAUAUUUACUUGAGUAAAAGUAAAAAGUAUGCUGCGAAAAAACUACUCAAGUACUGAGUAACUGAUGAGUAACCUGUUCGUUUAAUGAUUCCAGCAACAAAUAAUGCACAAAAACAUAAAAAUAGCAAUGAGCAAAUUCAGAGCCAGGAAUAUCUCUUAAGCAACUAAAACAAUAUUAUAUAUUAAAUAAUACAUUAAAAUAAAAAAUGAAGGCAAAUUGAGCCACAAUAACUUAACAGCACCAUAGGCUCAGUAGGCAUUCAUUGAUUGAUUGAUUGAUUGAAACUUGUAUUAGUAGAUUGCACAGUACAGUACAUAUUCCCUACAAUUGACCACUAAAUGGUAACACCCCAAUACGUUUUUCAACGUUUAUCAAUUACUUAAUAAAUGACCAAGUCGAGGUGAUCUACAUCAUAUAUACAUAUUAUAUAUAUAUAUAUACAUAUAUAUAUAUAUAUAUAUAUACCUUUUAUAUAUACAGUAUAUAAUUUAUAUUUAUUUAUUUUGCGGUUUUUGUUCACAUAUUAAAGGUGUUUUAAUGAAUAUACAUGCAUGUUUAACAUAUAGAUUCCUAUCUUUAAUGAGGACAAGAAUAUAAGUUGGUGUAUUACCUGAUUCUGAUGACUUGCAUUGAUUGUAAUCAGACAGUAGUGCUGAUAAUGUCCCGGUUUUCAAAUGGUGGAGAAAAAAAGUUCCUCCUUCCUGUCUAAUACCACAUGAAAGUCGUUGGUUUUUGGCAUCUUAUUUGUCCAGCUUCCAUAUUCGUUUUUAUACACUUUACAAGAAAUACAUUGGCGGCAAACUCCGUAGCUUGCUAGCUUGUUUGCGCUGGCUUUCGGAGACUCUUAUUUUGUUAGCGCAGGCGUGAUGGAGCGGCAAUUUUAUUGUGAAGACAGGAACUGUGCGAUCAGUCUUCAGGCUUUUGACGGGAAGUACGGUUGAAAUAAAAAGUGUGUUUUUUCCUUUACACUUUUGAUUGCUUGGUUGAUUGAUUGAAACUUUUAGUAGUAGAUUGCACAGUAUAGUACAUAUUCCGUACAAUUGACCACUAAAUGGUAACACCCCAAUAAGUUUUUCAACAUGUUGGGUUCUACGUGUGACGGUCACGUGACCACCUGGCUCUGUUUGAUUGGUCCAACGUCACCAGUGACUGCAUGUGAUUGGUGAAACGCAAGCAUGCGUAGUUCCUACUUUGAAUGCGUGUCUGACAAAAUCAAAACAAACAAAACGUGCAUUAACAGAUCGAUAAAAAAAAAAAGUAGCGAGUAGCGAGCUGAUUGUAGAUAAAUGGAGCGGAGUAAAAGUAGCGUUUCUUCUCUAUAAAUAUACUCAAGUAAAAGUAAAAGUAUGUUGCAUAAAAACUACUCUUAGAAGUACAAUUUAUCCCAAAAGUUACUCAAGUAAAUGUAACGGAGUAAAUGUAGCGCGUUACUACCCACCUCUGGUGAUAAUUAUCAAAUGUUAUAUUCAAACAGAUUUUCUUCAUCACAAAACAGAUCCAUAUUACUGUGAUUAGACUAAAUCGUCAAAUAUUUCUACUUUCAAACAAUCAGGAACAGAUUAUAACUUGCAGUGCUGCUCAAACAGAGGAGGGCAAAUUGGAUGGAGUUGUUGAAGUGUGAUGAUAAUCUCCUUCCCUCUCUCAGUUACCAAGAAAAAUGUUGGUCAAUUCAAAAAAUAAUUAGUUAUUGAUAUUUUGAGUUCUAAUCAUAAAAACAGUUCAGUAAUUCAACAAUGAGCUCUGAGUUUAUGCGCUCACUGCCGAUCUCCGGUGUCUAAUUGGUGCGGUAUAAAACGAGUAAAACAUCAAUACAUGUUUUGUUUUCUAUUUUUUUGUUGAAACCCUCUGCUUUUUGAGAGUUACAAUGAACACAUUCAUAAAACCACGAGUUGAUUUAAUGUUACGAGAGAAAAAUAAACUUUUACGCAACUUACUCAAGAAAGCUGCCGCAAAUUCAGCAUUUUUGGCUGCACAAAUCACCAGGAAAAAAAGCCCGCUAAUUCAGAGGGGACACAAAUUCUCUAUGGGAUUUAUGUUUAGACUUUAACUGCUUUUUUCUGACACAUGAAAAUUUUUUUUUUUUUAAUUAUGUUAAAGUUCUGGAUUUAUGUUUACUUUCGAUAAAUGUGUCAACUUACCAUGUAUUCCGGACUAUAAGCCACACACUAAAUUAGGGAAGAAAAAAGUAUGUUACCGUACAUCAUACGUGGCAAAAUUUGUUAUUUAUACAGAAAGAUUUUGCAAAUGUUUAUUUACAUAACCUAUUUGUCUCCAAACGGUGUUUGUAACACGGCAGUAAAACGGCUGAUCAAACAAAACAGAAGUCAGCGCCAUGGACCAACUAGCUGUGAAAACUAGCUCUCCAAACAGCUUAACAGACCUAAUAAUUCCAUAAUGACGUUAUGGUGAAUUUACUGAGGAAUUUGUGAAACUGAAACCGGAACAAAAAUAAUACUAUUGUAAGUUAAUAAUACUAACACGGACACUUAUAAUUAUAUUAGCUAUUGACGCUAGCUUGAUUACAUUACGAUAGCGUGUACAAAUAUGCAUUUAAACACUCCUACAGACAUUACACAUGGGACGUUUUAGUUAGUACAAAUUGUUUUAGUUAUAUUGUAAAACUUACAAAAGUUUUUUAGAGUGAUGAAUGAACAAUCCAUACGAGUAGAAAAGCUAUGGACGAUUAGAAAACGGAACAGCACUCUACUUUCGGUUGUUUAAAGUAGUGGUCCCCAACCACCGGUCCCGGGACCAAUACCGGUCUGUGACACAUUUGCUACCGGGCCGCAGAGAAACUUUGAUAAUUUAUAAACGACUGCAUUUUCUCCAACUUUCGCCUGUCCUAAGCUUGUUUAUAGAUGUACAAUAAAACUCCUCAUAGGAAUUUUCCAUUUGUUAAAUUUUGGAUAACUUUGUGACAUGAUACAAUGCACAUUAAUAAAAUGUGAGAGAUUGUAGCCAAAAGGCUGAUUCCCAUCUGCAUCUCAUUGCAAAGAAACAAGUCCAGGGCUCCCACUAAUUCAGCAUUAUAGUGAGUUUUAUUUUUCAUGCACUUAUUUUUGCUGUAUUCAUUUGGCACAAGUGGAAAGCCGGUCCCUAAAAAUAAUGCCUACAUUAAACCGGUCCGUGGUGCAAAAAAAGGUUGGGGAUCACUGUUUUUUUAAAGCACUAACUGGAAGGACACUGCAACACCUGCAGUGAGUAAAUUUGACUAAAAGGUGGCGCCAUAGCCACGUAUUGUUUAUUAUUAUUACUACUUUUAUUAUAGCUGUCCGCAAUAAAAACCCAUGAAUCAGCCACUAGGUCUUAUAAGCCGCAGGGUUUAAAGUGUAGGAAAAAAAGCAGCGGCUUAUUGUGCGGAAUUUACGGUACUUUUGCUAAAGUUUUUAUGAAUUUGACUUUUGCAUGCCACACAUUAGGUUGUUUUUAUGUAUCAUUGUCCUUCAAUCUGUUAAUUGUGAGCUGCUUUGUGUUGGUCUUUUCACCGAAAAUGUAGGGGAAAAAACCUAAGGUAAGGAAUACUUGUACAAGAUCACAUCAUGAUAGUAUCAAUUUGAUACUGAUACCAUCCUUGGUAUCAAUAGUAUUGAUAUUUGGAUCAGUCCAGUUCCAUUAUGCUACAGCGUUACACUGAAUGUAAAAAAACAACAACUCCGCCUCCACAUGAAUUUAACCUUGCAUCAAACAAAGUUAUUUUUUAGUACCUAAGACAUUUUAAAAUCUACCAAAAUACAAAAAAAAUGAGCGCUUGUAUUGUCACAUCUACAGCAGGGAUGUUCAACUAAAUAUUUUUGGCGGCCACAUUUCCAGCAAACUAACUUCUCCCUUCACUAUUAGUCUAAAUGCGUUUAUUCCAGAAAAUCAGCGUCCUUUACAGUAGACAUUUGAUUUAUUUUGUCUCUGCUGUUUUUAAGGACCUUCAGCAAAAAAAUAAAUCCAGUCAAAGAUCACCUCUAUGACAGCAUUUUAUUGUUUUUAAGAAUCUGCUGAAAAAGUUUUUUAAACUGGACCAAUUGGAAUGAUGAAAAAGAGAGGACCUAAGAUGGAACCUUGAGGGACACCACUAGUUUAACGAAAUUAGUUGAGCACAUAAGUAGUAAACAAGCUGUAGCAACACCUUGCUUACAUGAUCACAUGAUGAAAAAUAUGUGUAACGGCCAAUAAAAGGGGAGGACUUAAAGGGGUGCCUUGAAGAACGCCUCAUUUAUGUCAAGCACAAGUUUGCUAGCAAAGUUCAAAUGUCAACGCAAGGAGUUUAACACUCUAACUGGAACGCGCUACAAUUUUUAGUUUAGUUAAGUUUAGUUAACCUGCUCAGUGGCCCUAUGGUUAGAGCCUCCACCCUGAGAUCGGUAGGUCGUGAGUUCAAACCCUGGCCAAGUCAUACCAAAGACUAUAAAAAUGGGACCCAUUACCUUCCAACUUGGCAAUCAGCAUCAAGGGUUGGAAUUGCGGGUUAAAUCACUAAAAUGAUACCCGGGCGCAGCCACCGCUGCUGCUCACUGCUCCCCUCACCUCCCAGUGGGUGUAACAAGGGGAUGGGUCAAAAGCAAAGGGUAAUUUCACCACACCUAGUUAUUU